AUGGAAUUGACUACAAGCAAUAGUACAGACGUGGAAGGGUUUGAUGAUUGUAGCGUACGGUCUGUCAGUUUAGGAAUCGUCGAUGACUGCAAUGCGUCGUUCGACUUACCUUUGAAACCGAAGUUCCUCCAGAGUGAGAAUUUCUCGGACUUAACAAGUGAGUGGGAACCGUCCAGGCCAAGCACACCCGGUCCAUCAACCAGCAAGACUGACAAAGUACAGCCACAGGAUACUACAGAUACUCAAAAAAAUAAAAUAAAUGUAGAACAACUGUUAAGGUCUGCGAAUGAAAUGAAUAAUUAUUUGGCACAGAAUAUAGACGAUAUAAACAAUUUUCAAGUGGGGUUAUUGAAUGGAGGGAAAGGACUGUACUCUUCGAUGGCAGAUGACUCGAGCGCAUUUAUUAAUGGAACUAAUAUGAGUUCGACACCGAACUUUGAAUUAAGUGAUGAUGAGCUAGAGGAUACCACUGGUUGUACGAGUUCUAUCUUCGAUAGGGACCUCUUACGCCAGCAAAGUGGUUUGAACAUACCUCGACGUAAAUCACCACUCUUCAGGCAUCUAAAUGCUAGUUUCGAAAUGGAGGAUACAACUGAUUUUGAAGAGCGUAAUGUCGAAGCUUUUAAUUUCUCGGAAUGCAGCAGCGUAACAAGCUUUGAUGUAGGAGGGUUGCAUAUUAGACCACCACAUGGCGAGGAAGAAAAUCGAGAAAAGGCUGACUUUGGAAGCGAAAACCCAUUACUACUUGGCAUACCUGAUAAUGCAGAAGUGCCCUAUAUAUCGGUUGAUGAUGCUUUGGCAAACUUUAGCGAAACGAUAGAACUAUUACUAAAACUUAGCGACGACGAAAAGUGUACCAUCUCUAAGAAUGAUGUGGAAAAGAAAGAAUAUGCAAACUUUUACAUGAAGAGUAAGCCAUCUUUGUCGUCAGUGGAUUUUCUCAGAAGGAUUCAGGACAAAUGUGAGUAUGAGCCAGCAGUUUACCUCGUGGCGACGUUUUUAAUGGACACACUAUUUUUGACGAGAAAUGAAAGAAACAAUAACGCGCUUCAAUUGAAAUUGAAAUUGCAAGAGAAGGAAGUUCACCGAGUGAUAAUAGCAUCGGUUAGACUGAGCACGAAGUUAUUGGAAGAUUUUGUUCACUCACAUGAAUACUUUAGCAAGGUCUGCGGCGUUUCAAAACGACUCCUAAGUAAGCUAGAAAUCAGCCUUUUGGUUUGCUUGUGCAAUAAUGAACUAAUGAUCGGCAAUAAAAAACUAGCCGCCGCUCAACUUGUUUUGAAUGAACUGCGGGCCUCGCUGUAA